AUGGAUGAAAACGCAAAAUCAAACAAGGCUGGACGGUGGGGCCCAGAGGAGUACUACUCUGAACGCUUUUAUCAGGAUCGGAUGAAUGCACGAGAGUCGCAGCGACGGGCUAGGCAGGCUGAAAGAGAUGCGGAGUUUCUCUGGCAGGAACGCAUGAACGCUCGGGAGGAGCAGCGACGGGCUCGUCGGGAGCAGGAGGAAUGGACUGCUGCUGAAAAGAUGGUACGCAUGGCGGGGCAGCGUCGUCCAAGGACCAUCGAACCUCUCAGUAUACCAACCGCGGAGGAGUAUUAUGCCGCCAAGCAACGCCUGCAGUACGAAGAGGGAUACAUCCACUUCGCGAUUGCGGGUGUUGCUGGGAGCGGCAAGUCGUCGCUCCUGAACGCCUUCCUCGGCAAGAAGAAUAGCGACGGAGGUGCGGCUCCGACUGGCACGUCCGAGACCACAAUGACUCUCGCGCGAUACGGCGACCCCCAUCUCGACAACCCGUUCGUCUGGUACGACUUCUCUGGCGCGGGGACGCUACGCGUACCAGGCGAUCAGUACUUCAUACAUCAGGCCUUGUACGCCUUCGAUGCCAUCGUCGUGCUCUUCGACAAUCGGUUCACCGAGGUGGACUUGGCGAUAUUGAAGAACGCCAAACUCUUCAAUAUACCCACGUACAUCGCCCGUUCAAAGGCGCACCAGCAAGUCUCAAAUGUCUUGAACGACAUGCCCACUGGCCAGACUGGUCGCGGUGCACGUCGCGAGGCUCGCGACCAGUACGAUCGCGACACGCGCAACACGGUCAAGAAGAACCUGCGAGAGGCAGGCCUUCCUGAUCAGCGGGUGUACAUCGUCGACAAGGAUAACCUUUACUCGAUCGUCAAGGGGCAACGCGGGCCCAGUAACGAUGACUUUGAUGAGUGGGUGUUGUUGCAGGAUUUGCUCGGUGACGCACAGGAAACUCGGAUAAGGCCCAAGAGAACGAUGCCCGAGAACCGAUGGGACGGGAUUUAUGAUCCUCUCCCCUCUAGGACCAUCAGGCCUAUCGCAGUACCCAGCGAGCACGAGAUUGUCGCCGCCAAGGCACGCUUGCUGUACCAGGAACGCUCCGUUCAUAUCGCAAUUACGGGCGCCGCAGGGAGUCACAAAUACUCGCUUUUGAAGGCCUUCCUCGGUCGAAAGGAUACAGACAGCCUAGGUGCUGCAACAGCUGGCGUUCAGGCGAGCCAGACGGCCUUCCCAUCCUAUCCCCACCCUGCUCCUGGCGUCCCAGUCGUUUGGUACGUUGUCCCCAGCUCGGAGACACUGCCGGUCCCGGGCUGGAAAUACUUCAACGACGGAGGGCUCUUCCUCUUCGACGCCAUCCUAGUCGUGCUUGACCAGGACGGCUGCUUCGCGAAGUCGGACCUCGCUAUACUGCGGGGCUGCGCGCAUUUCGAUAUACCCGUCUACACCGUCUGCGCAGGCGCGCAUACGGACCGCGUAUGUGCCAUCAUGUGGCCGAGCAAACCCGACGGUCCUGACGAUGCUCGUGCGAAGGCUGAGCAAGCCUUUUCACCGGACCAAGAGGCAGCGUUGUGGCAUACAGCUCGUACGAGUUACAUGCGAACAACGGAGGCAGCUGUCGACAGGGCGCUGAAAGAUGCAGAGCUUCCUGCGCAGUCAGUUUACUUCAUCGAAGAGUCGACUCUACUUGCUGUCAUGAAAGGCAAAGCCCAGCUUCCAGCCGAAUUCAGUCCAUUCGAGGCUCGCAAGAGUCGUUCGGUAAAUCGGCAAAGCAUGUAUCGGAGGCUGUUAGGUAUGCUCUGGAAUGGCUCGGGGGGCGGUGUCUCCACGAGGUUUGACGAAUGGGAGUUGCUGGGAGACAUAUGCCAAGCCGUACGUCGCAGGCGCGUAUUAGAAUCUGAUUACAGCAGGGUCGACGACGGCUUGAUUCGUCUCGUAGCUCUGCGCUAA